AUGCAAUUCAUACGUUUCAGUACGUCGGGUCAGUCAGCCAAUCAGUACGUCGGGUCAGUCAGCCAAUCAGUACGUCGGGUCAGUCGGCCAAUCAGUACGUCGGGUCAGUCGGCCAAUCAGUACGUCGGGUCAGUCAGCCAAUCAGUACGUCGGGUCAGUCAGCCAAUCAGUACGUCGGGUCAGUCAGCCAAUCACUACGUCGGGUCAGUCAGCCAAUCAGUACGUCGGUCAGUCGGCCAAUCAGUACAUCGGGUCAGUCGGCCAAUCAGUACAUCGGGUCAGUCGGCCAAUCAGUCAGUCAAUCAGUAUGUCGGGUCAGUCAGCCAAUCAGUAAGUCAAUCAGUACCUCGGGUCAUUCGGCCAAUCAGUCAGUCAAUCAGUACCUCGGGUCAGUCAGUCAAUCAGUACGUCGGGUCAGUCGGCCAAUCAGUACGUCGGGUCAGUCAGCCAAUCAGUACGUCGGGUCAGUCAGCCAAUCACUACGUCGGGUCAGUCAGCCAAUCACUACGUCGGGUCAGUCAGCCAAUCAGUACGUCGGUCAGUCGGCCAAUCAGUACAUCGGGUCAGUCGGCCAAUCAGUACAUCGGGUCAGUCGGCCAAUCAGUCAGUCAAUCAGUAUGUCGGGUCAGUCAGCCAAUCAGUAAGUCAAUCAGUACGUCGGGUCAGUCGGCCAAUCAGUACGUCGGGUCAGUCAGCCAAUCAGUCAGCCAAUCAGUACGUCGGGUCAGUCGGCCAAUCAGUACGUCGGGUCAGUCAGUCAAUCAGUACCUCGGGUCAGUCAGUCAAUCAGUACGUCGGGUCAGUCGGCCAAUCAGUACGUCGGGUCAGUCAGCCAAUCAGUCAGCCAAUCAGUACGUCGGGUCAGUCGGCCAAUCAGUACGUCGGGUCAGUCAGUCAAUCAGUCAGUCAAUCAGUACGUCGGUCAGUCGGCCAAUCAGUACGUCGGGUCAGUCAGUCAAUCAGUCAGUCAAUCAGUACGUCGGGUCAGUCAGCCAAUCAGUACGUCGGGUCAGUCGGCCAAUCAGUACGUCGGGUCAGUCGGCCAAUCAGUACGUCGGGUCAGUCAGCCAAUCAGUACGUCGGGUCAGUCAGCCAAUCAGUACGUCGGGUCAGUCAGCCAAUCACUACGUCGGGUCAGUCAGCCAAUCAGUACGUCGGUCAGUCGGCCAAUCAGUACAUCGGGUCAGUCGGCCAAUCAGUACAUCGAGUCAGUCGGCCAAUCAGUCAGUCAAUCAGUAUGUCGGGUCAGUCAGCCAAUCAGUAAGUCAAUCAGUACCUCGGGUCAUUCGGCCAAUCAGUCAGUCAAUCAGUACCUCGGGUCAGUCAGUCAAUCAGUACGUCGGGUCAGUCGGCCAAUCAGUACGUCGGGUCAGUCAGCCAAUCAGUACGUCGGGUCAGUCAGCCAAUCACUACGUCGGGUCAGUCAGCCAAUCACUACGUCGGGUCAGUCAGCCAAUCAGUACGUCGGUCAGUCGGCCAAUCAGUACAUCGGGUCAGUCGGCCAAUCAGUACAUCGGGUCAGUCGGCCAAUCAGUCAGUCAAUCAGUAUGUCGGGUCAGUCAGCCAAUCAGUAAGUCAAUCAGUACCUCGGGUCAUUCGGCCAAUCAGUCAGUCAAUCAGUACGUCGGGUCAGUCGGCCAAUCAGUACGUCGGGUCAGUCAGCCAAUCAGUCAGCCAAUCAGUACGUCGGGUCAGUCGGCCAAUCAGUACGUCGGGUCAGUCAGUCAAUCAGUACGUCGGGUCAGUCGGCCAAUCAGUACGUCGGGUCAGUCAGUCAAUCAGUACGUCGGGUCAGUCAGUCAAUCAGUACGUCGGGUCAGUCGGCCAAUCAGUACGUCGGGUCAGUCAGCCAAUCAGUCAGCCAAUCAGUACGUCGGGUCAGUCAGUCAAUCAGUCAGUCAAUCAGUACGUCGGGUCAGUCGGCCAAUCAGUACGUCGGGUCAGUCAGUCAAUCAGUCAGUCAAUCAGUACGUCGGGUCAGUCAGUCAAUCAGUCAGUCAAUCAGUACGUCGGGUCAGUCGGCCAAUCAGUACAAUCAGUACGUCGGGUCAGUCAGCCAAUCAGUACGUCGGGUCAGUCAGCCAAUCAGUACGUCGGGUCAGUCAGCCAAUCAGUACGUCGGGUCAGUCAGCCAAUCAGUACGUCGGGUCAGUCAGCCAAUCAGUACGUCGGGUCAGUCAGCCAAUCAGUACGUCGGGUCAGUCAGCCAAUCAGUACGUCGGGUCAGUCAGCCAAUCAGUACGUCGGGUCAGUCAGCCAAUCAGUACGUCGGGUCAGUCAGCCAAUCAGUACGUCGGCUGUAAUUGA